CGCUGGAUAAAGCCGAGGCUGCAAAGUGCGUCACAUCGCGGAUCAGCCGAGAAGCACCGACAUCACACCGCUGCACACUCCGCUUCUCCACCACCAGAAACCCACGUCCUCCAGCUCCAGCUCCAGCAUGGUGAAGAUCGCCUUCAACUCGGCCCUGGCGCAGAAGGCGCUGGGCAAAGAGGCGCCGGCCGCAGAGAAGGACCCUGAGCUGGCCUCUGCUCCUGUGGGCAUCGAGGGCUCCACAGGUCGCUGUCUGCUCACCCUGCUGGGCAUCGCCUUCAUCCUCAGCGGGCUCAUCGUGGGGGGGGCUUGCCUCUAUCGAUACUUUACUCCAAAGAGGUUAUAUCAUGGCGCCAUGCAGUUCAAUGACAUUUCCGGUGGAGCUAGAGGAGAGAACCAGCCGUACUACCUGCCCCGGGUCGAGGAGGAGGUGGAAAUCUCUGACAACAUGGCCGUCAUCAGCGUCCCCCCUCCCCGCUUCAGAUCUGGAGACCCUGCAUACAUCCUCCACGACUUCAACAGGAAGCUGACAGCCUAUCUGGACCUGACUCUGCGGACCUGCUUUGUGAUCCCUCUGAACACCUCGGUGGUGCUGCCCCCUCAGGAUCUCAUUGACCUCUUCUCACAGCUGAUGUCCGGCUCUUACCGCAGCUACCUGGUGCACGAGGACCUGGUGGUGACGGAGCGUAUUGAGGACAUCAAACCUCUGGGCUUCUACAUCCGCCGGCUGUGUGACGGAAAGGAGACGUACAGGAUGCAGCGUCGCUCCACCCUGCCAGGUGGAGGUAUCCAGAAGCGCUCUGCAGACGACUGCUUCACCAUCCACCACUUUGAGAACAAGUUUGUGACGGAGACCCGGAUCUGCAAGGUCUGAUGGGAAAGCCUGAGCGUAUACGUCGGAGAGAGAAAGCGAGAAAGAGAGUGAUAGAGAAAGCCAGAGGGACAGAGAGAGAGAGAGAUGAUGGGAGUGGAAACAGGAGGGUACAACUUUGAGAAGUAGAAAGUUACUUUUGUAUAAAAGAUUAACUCCAAUUUUUGCUUCCCCUGCUUUAACCACAGUGAUAAGUGAAUUUAAGUUAAAGCGUUAGAGCCUAACC